CCCAGGCCCUGCCUCCCUCCCGGCAGCAGCGGCGGUUCCUUCCGGGGCGUCGUUAGCGACGCUGGCGGUCUCUGGGGCGAAGGCAGGGAGGAGCAGGAGAGAGGCCCGCCUGCCCAGCGCACAUGGAAAUGGAGUGGGGAGGUGAAUAUUCUCUUGAUGCUUCUAAUUUGGAUUGUUUAUUAAACAUACUUCCUGGAGAACUGGAAUUUCAACAGAUACUUGGUGAUAUUGAUGAGAAAAUAAAGAAAAAUACCUCUAGCGUGGAACAGUGUCUUAAAGAGCUGCAACUGGAAAUAAAUGAAACUUGUUCUGAUGAGUUGCUACAAGACACAUCUGACUGCCUUCAGUGGUUAAAUAAUUGCAGUUUCAGCUCAAUAAAGCCUUUGUCAACACCUCAUGGAGAAUUGAUCAGAUUUCUCCAAACAAUGCAAAACUUGCUAAAGAAUGAACAAAAUCAAGAAGAAAUUAUUCUCCACUUUCUCCUUGAUCUCUCCAGCCAAUGUGGUGUCUUAUUUCCCUGUAUCCCAAGUGGAGCAUCUUUUGAAUUUACAUCCAAUACUUCACUUCAUGGUGUUGAAGAUGAUUCAACAGUGGAUGUUCAGUGUAUUUGGAAUGAUGUGAGAUUACAUCUUCGACGUUUCUUAGUAAACCAACUCCAAAAUCAGGAAAAAAACAGUGGUACUUUACAACAACAGCUGCAGUUUAAAAUCCAGUGUCUCCAACAGCUUUCAUUUCUUUAUCCUGAGUCAGAAGUAUUGGCCAAGUAUCAGAAAAUGCAAAAUAAAUUGGUUAGUGAUCUUUUGCAGAAAUGUGUUCUAGAAAGCAGCGGUGAAACAAACUUUGAAAAGAUGGUUCAUGGUUAUGAAAAUUCAAUUCCUGUUCUCUGUGCAAUGAUAAAAGAAGAUCUGUAUAUACUAAAUGGAAUUAUUGAUCCACCUUCAACAGUGAAAUUUAUUAAUGAAACUUAUUUGGAUACCAUCACUGAAGAAAUGACUAUUCUUCUUGAAACACUGUGUGAGCUCCAGUUUAAAGAAAAUGCAUUGCAUGGUGUUAAGUCAAGCAAGAGCUCAAAGAAACACAGAGGAGUAGCUCAUGUUGGGGCUGCUCAGGAAUAUUCCAGAAAAGGGAGAAACUUCUGUUUGACACUACAUCAACUCAGGUGUCUUUCCCGGCUUAUAAAUCGUUUUUUGUUGAUGGAAGAAAAAGUUGAAGAACUGUCUUCAGAAAUGCUGUUAUUACCAUGUUUUUCUGAGAGCAAAAAUGUUCAAGGAGUUCUGAAGAAAGCUAGUGGUGAGCUUUUAACAGGCGAAAGUAGAGCGAAUGAAAUCAGUGCCCUUCCAGACCAGUUACUUCAAGUAAAAAAGUCUACCAUACUAGAGUUUGGCUGGAGAAAUGCAUUUAAAGACUUGUCUUCUUCAGUUGCACACUGCAUAACAAUUGCAGUUGAAGAUUUUUCCAGUAAAAUUCUUCAACAGGAACAAAAUGAACAGACAUCAGCGACUUCCUAUGUGAUGCAUCUUGUAAAUGUGCAAUAUGUAAAAGAAUACUGGGGUAUAAUCCAUGAGGAUGAGCGACCAAAGCAAAUUUCAAAGUUUUGUUCUGAUAUCAUGGAAGAACUUGACACAUUACUUCCGUUGGCUUUGGCCUGCAGAGAUGAAUCUCUCCAGGAAAUCAGAGCAGACUUUGUGGAGGCUUGCUGCAAAGUGGCAACAGCUGUCAUGACAAGAUUGGAGGAGAGAAGUAAAGAUAUCCCUUCCAGAGCUCCACUGCAAAAUCUGUAUACCAUUCUUUCCACAGCAGUGCAUGUCUAUCAGCAUUUUAAGAUAUAUCAUAGUUUAAUGAAAGAGUCCAAUAGAAAGCCCUUGUUCUUAGUGCCUCUCCAGCAAUAUGAGGAACUAAUCAGCCUUCUUCAGUUUCAAGUAACAAACUACUGCAUCAGAGUUUGUGCUACAAGCAUUUUACAGGAUGCUGAAAGUCACUACUGGGAUGACAGCAAAGCUUUUUAUGAGGGUGAAAGAUGCUCAUUCUCUGUCCAGAUGUGGCAUUAUUUCUGCUGUGCUCUUCAUCAUGAUCUAUGGACUGUUCUACCCCCUGCGCUAGCCCAGGAGAUUCUAAAAGAAGUGCUGGAAAAAUCUUUGGCACUUUUGGCCUGCAGAUAUUUUCAAGCCCAGCCCAGUUACAAAAGGACACCACAAAUAAGAAUAGAUGUCACAGCAAUUUUGAUGACCUGUGAAAAGAUAUUGUGGUCAGUUUGUGGCUCAGUACAAGAACUUCUGAGCCCACAUAUAGACAAAAAUCCUCACAUUUAUAAAGUACACAGGCAUUGCAAUAAUUUACUUGCAGCUGCUGUCAUUUUAACUACACCACUGGAGAAUCUUUAUAAGAUGUUUCAGAGUAACUGCAGUGAUACCUUGCCCUCAGAGUUUUUAGAGCCAAUAGUUUACCAACCAUUGUUCUGGAUAUCUGGCAUAAUAGAAUUUUGCUCUUCUUUAUUAAAGACUCCACCAGCUAAAGAAAUGGCAGCUCAGGGUCAACUGAAACUGCUCUUAUCCCAACCAUAUUGUAAUUGGAACCUACUUUUGGAAACAUUGCUACAUCAUGAUUGUCUCUUGCUGAAAAUUUUACUGAGAAGUUCCAAAUCUGAAUUGCCCGAAGGUGGAGAGCAGAAGACUUGUGUAGACAUAAAUUAUAGCAAAAAACCUAGUUUAACUGAAGCAAUCUUUACAGUCCUAUCCUACUGUACCUUAUCUCCGAAAUCUCUUGGUAGUGUUCUUCAGAACUUCAUGGAAAAAGAACAGAUGUGGGAAUAUUUGUGCAAUAUAUCAGUUUCUAGUUGUGCUGAAUCAGAACCAGAAGUUAUCAGAUGCUUGAAACUGACUUUGAUUAAUUCAGUAAAGGGCAUAGUGAAGCAGAUAAUUUCUUUGAUGCAUUCUUGGGAAGCAACAGAGAACUAUGGAACUUAUCAGCACAAACAAAUUGUUCCUGAAAGUUUGCUGAAGACUGUUCCAAAGGAAUGGAAUUACACACCUAGAGAAAUGAAGAGAAAAGAAUCUGGAAAAUGUUUCACAAGGCUUGCUGCUCAUGCAGUAUCCAUUGUAAUCAGCAAGUUACCCACAGUGAUUGGAUGUUUACCUCCCCCGAUUAAGUAUUUCUUUUUUCUUUCUGAGAAAAAAAUGUCAAAGAACUUUAUUGAAUCCAAAAAGGCUGGUCUUCUUGUCUGGAUGUUGAUUGUAAUCAUCUGUCGGAUAUUUGAGGAUGGAAAUACCACAGAGCUUUUAAUGGGUACAACUCUUAACAGAUGGAGCAAAGAAAAGCUCAACUUAGUUCGUAUAUGUUUGGAAAGCAUUAUAGGAAAAAAGAAAAGUAGCCCUAAACAAGUGACACACAAGAUUAUACAGAGUAUUGAACAACAAAGACCAAACUGGAUUGAAAACCAGUUACUAAAGGCAAGAAAACUGAGUAUAGACUGUACUGUUACUACUGCAGAAGAUGAGAGAAACCUAGAAGAGGAAGCUAUUGAGCUUGAAUUGACUGAGCAGAAAAUAAACAUGAUGGUCCUGGAUAUCUGCCACAAACCAGGUGGCAGUGAAUACCUGAGGCAAAUUUAUCACAUCAUCCAGCUCAAUGAGGAAUAUUUGAAUGAACAACUGUCUAAUGAAGGAUCUGAAGAUGGCACAGCAAGCAUUAGACCUUUAAACCUGACAUUAAGAAGCAAGGAAGGACAGCCUGGUUUUGAUCCUUUCCAUGUGCACUAUUCAUAUUGCACUAAUGUGUUAGAAAAGUUCACCAUUACUGAAUGGAAAUGGGAUUGGUCACACCUGCUGCCAAGUUAUCUGGGACUAAAUAGGAUGACCUUCAGGGAACUACUGGCACACAGGUGGGAGAUGAAAGAGAAAGAAGUACUAGAAGAAGAGGAAAAAGUGAUGGUGGAACAUUUAAAAAUGCUUUAUCUUACACCAACCUCUCUUGCCUCGGAAGAUAAAGCAGAACAGGGAAUGUGACAAGCAUACUUAUUUGUUACUCUUAAAAUCAAAGACGUAAAGUUACCUGCAAUACCUUGAUAACUGAUGACAUCCCAAAGAAACUCUUUGUCAUUUUGUUUGUUUUACUUGUACUGUUUUCUAGAGUAAGGCACUCACUGUAUUUUAUAUCUUGUUAUUUUAUUUUGUCGUUAUUUUUCCUUGUAAGCAAUAUUAGAAAACUAAAAUAAUUCUUAAAUUCUUUAUAUUACAUAAAGUAAAUUUUAAAGAUGAAAUUGUUAGUAUACCAAUGAAUGCUUAAUGAUUUUGAAAUACCCUAGGAACUUAGGGUAUGCCAAUAUUUACUCAUAGCUGUCAAGUGUCUAUGCACAGGCAUGGUGUAAUACAUGGAAGUACUAUUUCAUACUUUAAUAAAAUAGAUGCACAGUCAUUCAAGGCCAUAUUAUGUCUCUCAAAUUUAAAACAUGCCUUGCUAUUGAAAACAAUUUGGCACCUUGACCACCUGAGCAGAUAGCUUAUUAAGGUCCCAGUUCUACACAUAUAUAUCUGGAAGUAAAUCCUAUUGAACUAAGUGGAGCUUACCUCUGAGCGACACAUAUAACAUUGCAUGGUGCGAGUACAAUGUCUAUUGGUGUUUGAGCAUUCAGAAGGCAAACAUCCAGCAAUCAAAGCUCUCUUCCAAGUUUAUUUUUAGGACUUGCCCUAAGGAAAUGAAAACUGCUUUAUACCUGGAUCGCCAGAAUAGUUCAGAGGUGGGACUUUCAUUUGUUUUCAUUUUACUUGGCCGAAUGCAAUUAUUCUAGCCUCUUCUCUAGAAAUCCUGACACCUUGAUCUACAUUUAGCAGCAGUGGGAGUUUAUAAAGGUGAGAGUGACAGAUAAAGAACUCUGCCUGAAUUACUAGUACCUGCAGCUUAAGAAGCAAAACCAAUGAGCCAUAUGUAUAUUUAUUCCUUUAUAUUUGCAUUCUCAGACUGUAGAUACAGAGUGUAUAUGUCUACAGAGGGAAAUAGCCAAAGAGUAACAGUAAAAGUAUAAAAUAUCAUAAUUCACCUUUUGUUCUUACUUCAGCAUCUUGGGGCUGCGGGGAUUUACAUUCUAGUGUUGUAAAAAGUUCUUCUUUUAGUCAAACCAUUUCACGAAUUUUUCUAGAAAAACAGCCAGAAGGUUGCAGUUCCCUCUUCUUCUUAUCACCAUCAUCAUUAUAAUCAUCAUAAUCAUUUAUUUAUUUAUAUAUAUAGUGCCAUCACCAUACCUGGCGCUAUACAAAAGAAUAACAUAACAGUUCCCUAUCCUCAAGUUUACCAUCUAAUUAAAAUAUAACACAAAAGAAAAGGGGGAUGGUGGGGUGGGGGGGAUUAAGUCCAAUAGAUGCUGGCUGUAGUUCUCUCCCUCCAAGGCCACAGCAGUGGUAGUCAGGAUGGGAGAAGGGCCUUCCAUCUGGUUCUGCGCCUAGGCAUGAUGGAACUGUUGUAAGUAAAGAGGCAUCAAUACUUGGAUAGAGCCAUUAAGUAACAGAGGGGGCUGUAGAAAGUGUCCCUGCCCUUUUGUUUCACCUCUGUUUCUUUCUUUGAUCUACGUACUGAAGCCCUUUUGCGUUCUUCCUACCUGCAGAGGUCUCCUUCCCCUUUCCCCAAAAGUUAGUUAGUCCUUUGUCUCCGAAGAGAGCAGCCAUGCCUCAUGAUGGAUGCUAGCCAACUUCCACAAAUGAGAGCCAGCCUUAUCUGUUAAGGUUUAGGUAAUAAUCUGUCCAUUUCCUUUCUUAUCC